CCCUUCAUCGCUACCCCGUCUCAGUGACAGUUUCAGUCCCAGUUCCCGUUCCAGACGUGACCCUUGCCAGUGCGCGCUGCGCUGUGUCGCCAGCCCGUAUAUCGUAUCUUGAUUCCAAUUCCACUUCCGCACAUCUUCAGUCUCUAGCACAGGCCUAGGCGCAGAGCCGGUUGUUCGCAGGGCUGUUGGCCACUCCGCUGUCGCAAUGUCUACCCGACAGCCGUCCCGGGUCGUGUUUGUGGGCAAUAUCCCCUAUGGCUUGACCGAAGAGCAAAUAACAGAGCUCUUCAGCGGCGCUGGGAGGGUGUUGAACUUCCGCCUUGUCUACGACCGCGAGACCGGCCGUCCUAAGGGCUUCGGCUUUGCGGAAUUCCCAGAUUACGACUCGGCCGCAUCAGCCGUCCGAAAUCUGAACGACCACGAAGUCAUGGGCCGCAAGCUGCGCGUCGAUUUCAGCAACGAGACGGUCAGCGACGACGACAAUCGCGACCGCGAUGGAGCAACCGGCGCCGGCGCAUCCAGCACCUACGCCAACCCCUCCACCACCAACGGCAACAGCGCGGCCGCCGGUCCCGGCGCAGGCGGCUUCUCCUCCUCCACCUCCACCACCCUCCCGCCGCUGCCGCAGGGCAAGGACCUGCCGCCGGGCGUGACGUGCACGGACGCCAUCUCGCGCACGCUCAACACGCUACCGCCCGCGCAGCUGCUCGACAUCCUGCAGCAGAUGAAGACGCUGGCGACCAGCGACCCGGCGCGCGCCACCGAGCUGCUCGCCCAGGCCCCGCAGCUCAGCUACGCCGUCUUCCAGGCCCUGCUCAUCAUGGGCCUGGUCACGCCCGAGGCCAUCACCUCCGUGCUCGAGCCUCCCACCGCCGCCACUGCUGCUGCUGCUACUGCUGCCGGUGGCGUAGGGAUGGGGCUGGGCGUCGGCGUCGGGACGGGCACGCCGCCCGUCGUGGCGCCGGUGGCGGGUGCUGCUGCUGGUGGCUAUGCGCCGCCUCUGUCCGCUGCUGCUCCUGCUCCUGUUCCUGUCCCCCCUGCUCCAGCGGCGGCCCAGGCGCCGCCACCGGUGGCGCAGGACCCGGAGGCGCUGAUGCGCGCGGUCAUGGAGCUGCCGCAGGAGACGAUCGACCAGCUGCCGGAGACGGAGAGGCAGCAGAUCAUGGCUCUGCGGGCGAGCUACGCGGCGCAGACGCGGCGUUAGGGCUGGUCCUGUUGGGUUUUAGGAGGCGUGAGGGCGUCCGGUCCUGCGCAGAAUCGUGGUCGCCGAGUCUGCGAGCACGGUUGAGUGUGGGGCCGCGAAGUUAGAGAAACAUGGAGGAGGUUUUCUUCAUGGCGGCUUUUGGGAGUACAUUCUUACCGCCGCUUUUUUGCUUUCACUGGCGUUUGGGUGGGGAUAG